AUGGGAUGUAAACAGAGUACUGUGAAACCGAGGCCUCAGGGGAUAAGAAAGAGUGGACAUGACAAGAAGAGUUGUAAUCAUAACAAGUUUAAAUCAACAUCACCUGCUCCGCGUGGUCUCCCCACUUCUGAUAAUAACAAGGAACCAAAACUUGUGGCAGCGUGGGCACUUCCUGAUGAACAAGAUACAAGUCUCAAUACUAUGCAAACUGUAUACAAUCCCGGAUCUAUUUCUAUCAAAGAGACAUAUGGGUCAAGAGAGAGUUCUCAGGCUCUCAAGAUGGACACCCAAGAUCGGAACUUGCAAAGGUACAGCAGAGGGCAAAAAUAUCAUUCAGUUAUAGCCCCAUCCUAUGAUGAUUCAUUGUAA